AUGCUCAACUCGCUGUUCUACCUCAUUCCCCUACUGGGCCUUACCCUCCCCGUUGCUGCAAGCCCACCGGCCGGUCAAAUCAACGUCUUCGCGAAUGGGAAACAGGUUGGGAAGGCACUCAUAACAUUCGAGAUUGGGGGCGUGACCUCGGGUGGCCCAAAGGGCCAGAGCACACUGUCGUUCCGGCGAAAAGGCCCCGAAUCAUUCCUCCUUGUUGACUAUACGACUUACAAGUAUCACGAUCGUGCAGUGGACGCCGAGGUCAAAGCAGAGCAUGACGGGCUGCUGGCGGGAAUUGCAGAAUUCUCGGUGCACAAGAGGCUCGGUGACAAGGACGAGAUCGUCAUCUGCGAUCUAGGAGGAGACUUCAAGGAUCCCAGCAAAGGCGUAGAUUGGGUCUUUACCUGGGACGGAGCAGAGGGAGUCAAGACCGAGAUCUGCCCGGAGGAGAAGAACGGCAUCACCUUGAACUGCAAGGGCGACAAAGGCUUCAAGCCGAGAUGCAUGUCGCCGUUGUGA